AAAGCCAAAUGUCGCGAUGACAUGUUCAAAGGCCAAAUUAUUGUUACUUGUCAAUUGUCAAAAUUUGUGUGUUUUAUUUAGCCAAGUGUUUAUAAAUUAACUUAUUUUGAAUUAUCCAAGUAUUAUAAUAUUGGUCAAAUUGAUUAAGUGAGGUCAUCGAGGAAAUACAAUGCAUAAUUUCAGGAAACUACUAACUAGUGUAGCCACUAAAGAAAGGAAACUUCUUUGCCCACUCCUCAUCAGAGCUCAGUCUUCAUCAUCAAUGGGCCACCCUCCCGGAGAGGUCCAGCGGCCGCAGUUCACCAUACCCAAGGGCAUACUGGGACAAGCUACGUGCCACACACACCCACACCUCAUACAACAAGACCACUUGACCUGUGGGAUUACUCAGAUGGAGUACAGGGAACGAAGAGAGACGUUGGUCAGCCGGUUAGUUGCUGAAGUUGAGAACAUGCACAAAAGUCAUAUUAUAGUAAUUCCAGCAGCUUGCAAACAAUACAUGUCAGACAAAAUACCGUAUGUGUUCAGACAGAACUCUGACUUCUUUUACCUUACAGGAUGUCUAGAGCCCUCCUCUAUAUUGGUCAUGGUGAAACCAGCACAAACUGAUAGUUUUAAGAGUAUAUUAUUCGUAAAUGAAAAGGACAGCCAUGCUGAGCUGUGGGAAGGCCCACGGACGGGUUGCUCGGCUGCCACAAGGCUGUUCGCGGUGGACGAGGCGCGACCCGUCGAAAGCUUCGGCAGCUUCAUGAACAAAAUAACAACAUCAUCGAAGCCAUCAGUGCUGUGGUACCACAACGAUGCGCCGGCGAAUCCAGAGAUCCACCAGACUGUCCGGUCGGUGCUGCGGCCAGACGGUCAAGUGACACUAGCAGACCCACAGCGGACUAUCCACUUCAUGAGAGUCAUCAAGUCACCCGCUGAAGUUGAACUCAUGAAGGAAACUUGCUACAUUGGCUCUCAGAGUGUCAAUAUGGCUAUGGCGUGUACUAAACCAGGUGUAUCGGAGCACGUGCUGAACGCGGUGCUGGAGUACAGCUGCAAGCAGGCGGGCGCGGAGCAGCUCGCGUUCCCGCCCGUGGUGGCGGGCGGCGCGCGCGCCACGCACAUACACUACGUCACCAACAACCAGCCUCAGGGCGGGGAGAUGGUGCUCAUUGAUUCAGGUAGUCAGCGAUGGUUGUACAACUCGGACAUAUCGCGCACGUGGCCCGUUUCGGGGCAGUUCUCCAAGUAUCACAAGAUACUGUACGAGCUGGUGUUAAACGUACAGAAACGCCUAAUAGAACUUCUGGGCGAGCACCGUCCGCCGCUGGACCAGCUGUUCGACAGCAUGUGUCGCCUGCUCGGCAUCCACCUGCAGCAGGAGGGCAUCCUGCCCAAGAACAUCGACUCGCACGACCUUAUCGGGAAAGCGUACCGCCUGUGUCCGCACCACGUGUCGCACUACCUCGGGCUGGACGUGCACGACUCGCCGCUCGUGCGCCGCAACGUGCCCGUCGCCACCAACAUGGUCGUCACCGUCGAGCCGGGUAUUUACAUUCGGCCUGACGACACGUCAGUUCCGGCGGAGUUCCGCGGCGUCGGCAUCAGGGUUGAAGACGACGUGCUCAUCACGGAUGGAGAGCCUCUAGUUCUCACCGAGGCCUGUGCGAAGGAAGUCAGGGAUAUUGAAGCGAUAGUCGGCAAGCAGGCGAUGUGAAACACUAUAGAUACGUAAAACAUCUUAAAGUAGUUGGGUAAUUGCGUGUGGAGUUUAUGGUUCUACGUAAUUUGGCGAAAGAAACAGUUUGAGAAGUGCUAAUAAAAUUCAUUUAUAUCAAGGUGAUCAAAUACAGUGCAGUGUUUCGCAUUAAGUACUGUAUACAAAGCGUGGGUAUGCUUUCGUUUAUAGAAAGGUAGUUUUUCAGUAAAAUGAAAAUAUACAGUGUCGGAGAUGAUGGUAAAGCAAAGGUUUAGAUACCUAAAUGCUUCAUUUCGUCAAUGUUACUAUAACUGUGAAUGUGCAUUAUGCGUGUAACGUUAGCACUUUUGUAAUCGUCUAAAUUGGUCCUUCGAGCUGGAUAACCUAAAAACAAACCAGUAUUUACUACGUAUAAUUUAUAAAAUUGUAAUUGAGUAAGUUUAUCUCGAAUCAAUUAAACAUUUUCUAAUUUACGAAGUGCAGUGUAAUUGUCAAAGCAUUUUAAAUUAGCAAAAUUUACAGGCAUAGAUUGGGUUAUAAUUUGAAUGAAGUGUUAGCAUUGUAAUAUUGUGAUAUUUAUUGUACUCGAUGUUGCUGUACGAUUUGUUAUUGUUCCUUUGUACAUAAGUGUAACAAGUUGUAAAUAUACGUUUAUACAUCAA